UACUUCUGCCUUUGCCUUCCUCACAUGUUUUAUGUUUGCGAGUAAGAAACAUGGCCGCGCCUGCUGCUGAAGUCCAGAUUGUUCCUUCAAAUAAGCCCACAGUCCGAGGACCACGGCGGGUAGCCAAUCAAAUUCCACAUGAAAUCCUGCAAGACACUGAGUUGCAGGAGGCCAUCAAAGCCCUGCCUGCAAAUUACAACUUUGAGAUCCACAAGACGAUUUGGAGAGUGAGACAAGCAAAAUCUACAAGGGUGGCUCUGCAGCUUCCAGAGGGCCUCCAGAUGUUUGCCUGUGUCAUCGCUGACAUUAUUGAAAGGUUCACGGACGCAGACACCAUCGUGAUGGGGGACGUGACGUACGGCGCCUGCUGCGUCGACGACUUCACUGCUCGUGCCCUUGGUGCUGACUUCAUGGUGCACUACGGCCAUAGCUGCCUCAUCCCCAUAGACUCCACGGCAGGAAUUAAGAUGCUGUAUGUGUUUGUGGAUAUACAGAUGGACAACGCACACUUCCUGGACACGGUCAGGUUCAACUUCCCUCCUGCACAAUCCCUGGCACUCGUCAGCACUAUUCAGUUCGUGGCAGCGCUGCAGGCUGUGAGUGCAGCCCUCAAACCAGAGUAUGACGUGCUGGUACCACAGUGUCGGCCUCUUUCGCCAGGAGAAAUCCUGGGCUGCACCUCACCUCGCUUGGACCGCCAUGUAAAUGCCGUAAUUUAUCUGGGAGAUGGAAGAUUUCACCUCGAGUCAAUCAUGAUCGCAAACCCAGAAAUCCCGGCUUACAGAUACGACCCCUAUAGUAAGGUGUUCUCCAGGGAGUACUAUGACCAUGAAGCCAUGCGGGCCUUGAGGCUGCAGGCGAUUGACGAGGCUCGAUCGGCCCAGAGAUGGGGCCUGAUUAUGGGCACACUGGGCCGUCAGGGGAGUCCCAAAGUCAUGGAGCACCUGGAGGCGAGGCUCCAUUCGUUGGGAAAGUCCUUCACUCGAGUGCUACUGUCUGAGAUUUUUCCAGGCAAAUUGGAUUUGAUACAUGAUGUAGAUGCGUGGAUCCAGAUCGCUUGUCCACGCCUUUCUAUCGAUUGGGGAACAGCCUUCUCUAAGCCGCUGCUGUCUCCAUAUGAGGCGGCUGUAGCUCUACAGGAGGUUGGGUGGAAGGAAGUCUACCCCAUGGACUUCUACUCCAAUCAGAGCCUGGGGCCGUGGGCGCCCAACCACCCUGAAAACCAACCUGUGCGGCCCACUCGCAGACAGACUCAGAAACUAGGAUCGGAGCCUGCCCUUCCUACCAGGCAGUGUGAGCAGAACCAGUGCACCUCCUGUGGCUGUCAAGGGGAAUGAUAUAUCAAGUCCAGCUCAGUGCUUGAGUUGCCUCGUGCCUGCCAGUGCUUCUGCCUCUGCUAAUGGCUGGAGGGGGUCAGGCCACAGUGGGUAUUUGUCCAGACAGUCUACCAGCGAGUAGAAAUAAAGCCAAAGCAGCCACUCCUCAAACGGAUUACCAGCAAAUACAUUUAAUCCCUCGUUUUACAGAACAGCAGAUCAAAACAAAUUAAUUUCUCGUAUUCACGUUUCAUGCAUGGGCUCGGAGCUCAGAAUGCGAGCGACUGAGAGAAUAGCCUUUGAGUUUGAGGUCACGCAUGUCCAUGUCAGUCACUCCCCCCUUGAAUGAGCUGCUCUCUGCUGUGUGCUACGACGGAAAUUCCUCCUGCACAGAAACAUUCGGCCAUUUGUGCAAUGCACAUGCAGUUAUUGUGAUGGAGAGAAAAUAUGAGGCGACCUUGAGGAUGUUGAAUGGAAUCUAGUCAAAUGCAGCUCACUCGUCGUUGGAUAAAGUAGCGUAUGUUUCCCUUCAUGCUUCCAGUCAUAAAUAUGGGCUUUCAUGCACUUUAGUUGGGUGUACAGUAUAUAACUUUGCUCAGGAGUAUUCUACUAAAAUGCAGAUGUACCCUUGUUUCUCCAUUCUGCUUUUGUAGUCAAACUCUGAAAACAAUAAAUUCAAAAUGGAACCUUG